UGAAUUUUCUUGCAUCGCACUUCGCCCCAAACGCAAGCGCGGAAAGCAUUUAGCCGUCGUUAUCAGCAGCGAUCACCGAUCAUCUGUAAACCCUACUGUAAUUCUAUCAUCUCUUGAUCGCCAUGAACUGAAUUGAGAACCAAUUAUCGUUCCCUUGUACGCAUAUAUAUCCAUCCAUACGUACUAUCUGUACUUGGUUCGACUACAAUUGCAGCUAAUUAGGGUUAGGGUUUCACAUUUCUCGUAGUCUCCGGGCUUCCGCGCUGAACCUCAAAGAUUUGGUAAUGUCAAAGAGCCAUUUGAGCAUUUGAUCGGAGGAACUAUGAGGCUUCUCGAGGUUGUAGUAGGGGCUUCGCUUGCUUCACCGAUCACAAAUUCAACCAUGGAAGGAGGAGAAGGGGCUGACCGGCCGAGACUGUACGGCUGGCUGUUCAAUUGCCACGGCUUCUUGCACAAUGUUGCUUUGACCGUGUUUUCGGCUCUUUUCGUUCUGUACUUGGCGUCUCAGGCGAGGAAGAGCUUUGCCAAGUUGUCAAAUGGCCGGUCCCAUAUAAUUAUUGCCUAUUACGGGCUUCUCUGGCUCGUUAGCGUCCUCAAUCUUGCUUGGUGUUUGCUUCAGGCAUGGGAGUGCACUCCUGGCAAAGAAAUGGCAUGGAAUAUAUUGUCUUUGUUUACUACAUCCGGGAUGCUGUUUCUUGAAGUAAGCUUAAUGGCCUUCUUACUCCAAGGAAAUUAUGCCAGUGGGCUGGAAGCUUUAACACGAACUUUUGUUGUGUCGGGACUCAUCAUGGGUUUGGAUACAAUUCUCAAGGCAAUCUACCUCUUUGGGUUUUCUAUUCCUCUGUUCAUCAAUGAUUUUGAAGAUAAGCAAAGGGUGAAAUGGGGAUUAUGGGUCAUUCACAAGCUAGUGCUUACUGCUGUUUAUGGCUUCACAUUGUUCAUGUACCACUCCAGAUGGAGAGACAGGUUGCCGGGAAGACCAGCAUUCUACAACUACAUCACAAUAAUGUUUUGCUUGAAUGCAAUAGCUCUGUUUGCUUCUGCACUUACUGGACAUGGGUCCGGAUUUGGUUUCUGGUUGUAUGAUGUCACAGUUAUUUUCUACCAUGCCUUUUAUCUUCCUCUUCUAUAUGUAACAUUUUUAGCGGACUUUUUCCAGGAGGAAGAUCUACAUCUGGAGAAUGUGUACUACUCGGAGAUGAAAGAUGCCGGUUUCUUCGAUGCUGAUUGGGAAUGACAUGGUGACUUCGGAGAAUGUGUACUACUCGGAGAUGAAAGAUGCCGGUUUCUUCGAUGCUGAUUGGGAAUGACAUGGUGACUUUGGAGGGCAACUGUAGAUAAAUAUAGAAAUAUGCCCCGCUCCAUUUUAUGGAUUUGGUUGGAUGUUCAUGCUGAAGAAUCAUGUUUGCGUAUGGUAUCUCAAGGACUUUACUUGAACUAGUAAUGCUUAGUAUCAUAUGUACCGAAUUUAUCCUUGACUCCGUUAAUAUAGUUUUAACUGUCCUGAGUCUUGACUCC